GGUCCGCUUUUGUUGAACACUUUAAAAAAGUGUAUGAUUCUCCGAAUCGGUCGUUACUUGCAUUUCAAAAAUUACAGUCGUAUCAUCAAUCCGCAGAUCAAGAUACUCGCAGUUUCUGCGAUGCGAUGCGCAAGUUAUGUCGAGAAUAUGAUCCCGAUAUGAGCCCGAAGAUGAAACUUGAUUUUCUUCUCCGCUCGGUUAAUCCGACUUAUCGUCCGGAAAUAUUAAAACUUAAACCAACAAGUGCUGACGCAUUUGAACAAAUUGCAAUAGAUGUUGAACAUACGUUUAUUACUUUAACCGCAUAUGAAACCUAUACUCCAUCAACGGUUACUACUUAUACUUCUUCACCACCAUCAGGUGCUAAUUAUAUUGCACCACAACAAUCACCUGCAUCGAACUAUCCUUAUCGCGGCCGAAAUAACUUCCGUUCGAAUCAACGUCCGCCUUUUAACACAACUUUUCGUCCAUUUACAUCUUCACCUAACUAUUAUCAAGGUCGUCGACAAUCUUCAAACUUCAAUUCACCCCAGUUACCUCGACCACAACAAUUCGUCGCCUCUGCCUCCGCUACUCAUACAGUACCACCUUCAUACCAAUCGCUACCACCCCUCAUGCCUCCAUCUUCUGCUCCACCACCACCACCACCACCACCUCCACCUCCAGCUGCACUUCUACCAUUACAUCUAUUGUCUUGUCAGUGGUGCAACCAGCAAGGACAUUCAGCUCGUGACUGCCCUUUUUAA